AUGGGCGUGGAGAACGACUACACCCAAUUCACACCCAAACUUGAAGAGCUUACGCUUACCAGUUUCGCCUUCACCCACGCUUUCGUACCACUGUCUAUGAUUAUCAACUUCCAUCGGCUUGUGCGACUGCAGCUUCUCGGAAGCUCCGGGGGAAGUCAAGACGUUUUCGUGGAGCUUGCUGAAAGUAUCGAGGACGACGACAGGCUUCGUUUAAAACACCUCGCUGUGGAGCUUGCGGGUGAUGUCCUCUCUGAUGAAAUCCCUCCUCUGAAAUUGGCCUUGAUCCGGAUAUACAGGGCCUGUGAGCCCCUUGAGAGCUUCCAUAUACGCGUCUCGCACGUCGAUAUCGCUCUACUCGACUUACUAUUGGCGCUCAAUAUUCCCCCUCACAAUUUACAAAGUCUGAGCUUCCAUACCAGUGAGUGGAAUUGGGGCAGAUAUAACCAAGAUGCUGUAGAUAUGCUGUUCCGCGUAAGCCAAGACCGCUUUCGACAAGUGAAACAGCUUGCGGUGUACUUCGAGGAAGCAGCCAUGCUUGGCGGCCUAUGGGGUGAAGAGGGCAAUUUUGCGAUUCUUAUGACGUUCUUAAGAGAGUUCCGAGAACUACGCUUGCUCCACCUCUGCCUACCACACUCUCGGCAAAUGGGGCGGAGUGAAAACGAGUGGGACCCUGCACUAUUAGUCCUUCAAUUGCAAACCUUCGCAAACCGAUUCUUUGAGUUUAUAGGUCCAGAGUCAAAGCUGGAUGCCUUGGUAAUCGGUCAUGUGGCGACUUUGAAGUCCCCAGAAAACCCCCCAGUGCACCGACGUCCACUUCCGCAGCAAUGCUUCCUCCGCGGCGAGCAACGGGAUAUCCUAGGUCGCACCGUCCCCGUUGCGGUUCCCGUUACAAGGAUGAUGUUGCGCGAAACGCAACCGUACACAGAUAUUCUGGAAGUCGAUCACCAUUCUGCCGCCGAUAAUUGGGAGGCGUGGGCAACUCGAGCGAUGUAA